AUGCCCCCGCUGAAGAUCAUCGACCUGCUCAAACUGAACAUCGCCUUGAUCGACCGGGAAAACGUCGCGUUGAAGCUGAAUUUGCUCGCGCUCAUCAACGACUACCGCCAAUUGAAGCAGAUGGUGUUGGCGGGCGACUUCACCGACGCCAUGGCGCCGGCGUUCAAGGACCCAGUGUCGGAGUACACCUCCCCUGAAGCCUCCGCCGACAACAGCGGCCGGUCAUCGCUCAAACGCAGCUUCGGCGAGGUGCUGGAGAUGCUGGAAUUGAUCAAUGACAUCAACGAGCUCCUGUACGGCACCCCCGGCACCCUGCUGGCGCUGCUGCCGGCGAAGGCUGAGGAGGACGCCUUCUCCCAGUACAUUAUGCUUGAGCUGAAGCUGUACUUGGACGAAAGCGACGACGACUCCAGCGACAUCCACAACGACAUGGCGCUGCCGCUGCUGAGAUUGCUGAGGACGAUAUCGCCGACGCUGGACUUCGACCUCACCCUGAGUCUCACACGGACGACGACGCUGACGCUGAUUGGCGUCGCCGACACCCCGAAGCCGCGCGGCUUCGCUACCCGCAAGUUCUUUGAGCUCCCCAAGUUUGAAGAAGAAACUCCCGCCGCCUACGCGUUCAAGUUCGACGCGAUGAUGGCCUCCCCUCACCCUGACGACGAGUACCACAUGGUCAAUGAUUUUUUGGAAGAAAAAUUGCACGAUAACGACCUCAAGUACUAUGUCGAUCAUGACCAGAUUUUGGACAAGUGGUGA